AUGGCUAGUCCCCUCAUGGCCGGGCAGCUGGCUGACCUAGCGGGGAAAUACCCGGAUAAGUUUGGGAAUAAUGCAUUUCUGAAAGCGUGGCCGUAUGCACCACCAGCUAUCCUCAGCGGAUCUAUCAUGCUGUUGGCCUUCUUCGCGGUCUUGCUUUUCCUAGAAGAAACUCUAGAGCCCCUGAAAGAUAGAUACGAUCCUGGCGUCGCCUUCACCCGAAGAGUUCGAUACCUUUUGUUUGGAACCAAGAUCUCGACAGCAACCAGAGCAGGCCAUGAGGAUGCCACUGACGAAGAGAUGUCACAUAUGAUCACGGAAUACUCUGAUCCACCUGAAAGGGAUUCCGAAGAGCAAAGAUCACCAAUGAAGGCAGUCAAGACAACUCCCAUGAUCUUACCGACUAGGCGCAUGUUCACUAAAAAUAUGUGUCUCACGCUUGUUUCAUACGCCAUCCAGGAGUAUCACAUCACGACCUACAACACUCUGUGGACGAGUUUCCUCAGCGACCCGGUUGACAAAGAAGGCAAACUCAAGCUCCCUUUCUUCUUUUCCGGCGGAGCCGGGAUGAAGCCAGACCAAAUCAUGUGGUCUCUCUUCAUCGUCGGAAUGAUGGGAUUACCCACGCAACUUUUCAUCUAUCCCCGCAUCAGCCGUCGUCUCGGCACUUUGAAGAUGUGGCGCAAGUUCAUGCUUGGGAUGCCGCUACUCUACUUCAUCGUGCCUUACAUCGCAGCUAUGCCCUCGACUACACCACCACCAGCUGGUAAAACUGGGUUCGUCGUUUGGUUCCUCAUCAUUCUGGUUCAAAUCAUGAUGGUGGGCACGUCCACAUUUGUCGUACCAGCGCAACUUGUUCUGACCAAUUUGUAA